GCCGCCGCGUGCCUCGUUCAUCCUCGGGGUCCGGGCUGUGGCCGCAGCACCGCCGAGGCGAGCUGCUCAUCGCAAUUCUGGGGCGGAGGGGUCGAGCCGCCUUUCCCUGCGGCGAGGCAAAGAUGUCGGGCUGAACUGCGGAAGGUAGAAGGGGGCUGCCUCCGGCCGCGCCAUGUCCCUGCCUCCUAUCGCACCACCAGCUGCUCCUGCCGCCCCCCGCUCGCAACCUCGCAAGCAGCAACAGAGCAAGGCUCCGGCAGCAGCUGCGGCCUCGGCUCCCGCCAAGCCGCCUCGGAAAAGUGGCGGGGUGCCCUCGGGGAGUGGCGGCGGUUUCUCCAGUUCCUGGCCCAGCGCUUCUCUGCAGAAGCAGCUGCCGCGCAGCAGAGCCGCCCAAGCCAGCAGAAACUUCGCGUCGUCUCAUGCAGCGGCAGCCCCGGGGCUCCCUCCGUCGCCCGCCUGGGGACGCUCGGUCUGGACGCUGCCGAGCUCCGGCGAGAGCCUUGGCGCUGCGCAAGCGGGGCGCGGAGAGAAGGCGCUGCGCUUCUCGCUCAGCCUCCCCCCAGAGGCAAUCCGGGUGCUGCAGCGCCGGAGCCUGGAGAAGCAGCGGCGACAACCCGUGCGGAACCCCGGACGCGCCUCCCCCGAUGCCGCCAAGCAUCUACUGGCGGCCGGCUCCAGCGCCGGCGGGGACUGGCGCACCCUGCUCCAGGUCUCGCUGUUGAACGAGCGCCACCGGUACGACGACGUGGAGUAUGAGGAAGAGACGGGGGACGCCUCCGGGGCCUGCAAGGUGGACGAGAGACUGGUACGCAAGUGCACCGAGUGGCUCCGGGGCGUCGAGAGCGCCGCUGCCCGGGACCAGGGCGACAGGCUGGACACCCUGCCUCAUUUGAGUACCCUCUGAAGGUCUCGCCGGUGGUCCCUGGUCCUUCCUCAGCCCCUGACACAAGGAACAGACCAGCCCGUGGGAGUGGAGAGAGAAUCCCCUUCGCUCUCCCUCUGUCGCUCAUGGAAGACUUUCUGGCCAUCAUCACCUGUUGACCAUAGGCGGAUUUGUUUUUCCUUCACUUAGUUUUUGUCUAGUGUUUAUAUGCUUUCCCCCCGUAAAUAAAUAAAUAACAUUGAACCCUG